AUGCUACUAAGGUGAGAAAGAGAAAGAUCUGCACUCCGUAUCCAUCAGCUCAGCACCGGCUGGACGAAGAAGACAGGUCUUCCCGUCACUCCACCAUGGCGUGCAGCAGUGUGUUGCUGCUGCUGCCGAUGAAUCUUUUGGUGGUCAUCAGCCCUGUCGAAGCAGCGACGGCCGGCACACAGGUCAGUUAUACAGCGGAAGAACGAAUGGGCAGCGCUCCUUAUGUGUGUGUACCUGUCGUGCAGUCUGCCGUGUCCUUUGUCCUCUUUCGCCGUCCCAUCCCGCCCCUCAUUGCGCCCUCGUCGGCCAACCGCAUUGCGUAUCGCCACGACCCCAAAGUGACGGUGGCGCGCUCCGUCAUGGACGUCCUUCAUGCCAUGGUGACUCGACCUCAAGUGGACGUGUAUGUGUGGUUGAACAUCACUACCAACAAGAGGAAGAGGGGCACGUACGGCGUCAAAUGCAGUCCCGACAAGCCUCUUGGCAUCGUCCUGGAUCGAGCUUGUGAGGAGGGGCUCACCUCGUCAAUCCUCAAAGGUCUCGACAGCUAUGCCUUCGUGUACAACGGGACGCAGCUGGCGGUGAGCGACCCUCUGGCCGAGGUGCUGGAGAGGGCCGGCAACAACGCAUCCAACGCCAUCACACUCGACGUCACCACAGCACCAAGUGAGCCUACCAGCUAGGCAGCCAGCGAGGCAGCCGUGGAAUGGUGCUAGGUGGCGAGAAGAGUCAUGUGGAGGGAUGAGUGUGUCUGUCUGUCUGUCUGCAGAACGUCCUUCUCGUGACGAGACUCUUUUGCGGAUGCUGCGGCUGAGCAGCCCUUUGGGGAUUCUUCUCUGAGUCAGGUACCUCUCGUAAACGGGCAUGGCGUGAACGGGCAGCCAUGCAGACAGGCAGGCAGGCAGGCAUGCACACUGAUGAACACACACGGGCGAGGCGGGAGGAGAUGGAGCCCAUCUGUCGUGACUGAGUGACUGACUGACUGACUGACUGAACGGCUGACUGUGCCCUGUUUGUUCUGUGCUGCUCCGCUGUUUGUGUCUGUCCGGAAGAAAGCAACGUGCGAGCAGAACAGCUACUCGGACAUAGGCGAAGGCCUUCUGCCACUUGAUGAGUGGCUGGACGCUGAUGCGCUGCUCAACAAGACAGGAUUCACGCGGCUGACGAGAUUAUAUAACGAGAAGCGUCCGCUUGCGAGACCGUCGCCGAGACGUCACUGCGGUGGCCCAUCUCUGGGUGGUCAGUCGAUGGUACCGCGCCCACUGGCAAAUGAGGCGCGUGGUCGUCAUGACGGCAGGAGAGAAUACAUCGCAUAUACAUAUCGCGAUAUAUAUCCCAUGCAUCCCUGUCGAGCACACCAAAGCCGCCAAGCACAGAGCAGUGUGACUCUCGUAGUUUUCAUCACAAUGUGGAUAUGCGGGACGGGGAGGGUAGUAUGUAGGACAUUCAUUGCCCUUGUCGGUUCGGCAGCUAGCUGGGAUGUAUAUGUGCUGGUUGUGAGGCCACGCUGCGCCAAUUCCGUCGCCUGGUCGACAAGGACAAGGUCAAGCAGGCCGUCCGGUUCCUGACCGAGCGGGGAGGGGGAGGCGCGCUCGACCCCAACGACCUGGCUGAGGCCGACCCUGCGGGCCGCACCGUUCGGGAGGUCCUCGAGUCGAAGCACCCCACCCAGAGUGACCCUGACCCGUCCUGCUUCCUCGACCGGCCCCUCCCUCCCCUCACCCAGGUCGAGCUCACCGCCAACCACAUCGAGCGGGCGGCACGGGCAACGAAGGGAGGCGCGGGACCUGUUGGUGGCGAGUCGUCGGUGUGGAAGCAAGUCCUUCUCAAGGGCGGCGCGGCAAGUGCGGAGCUGCGCAGUGAGUUAGCGGCCAUGGCCUCCCACAUCGCCAACGAGGACGUGCCCUGGGAGCGGCUGCAGGCCCUGCGUGCAUGUCGGCUUAUCGGUCUGGACAAGCAACCGGGCGUGCGGCCCAUCGGGAUCGGGGAGGUCCUGAUGCGCAUCAUGGGCAAGGCGAUGGCCAAGGCAGUCGGGGUGGAUGCGGAGAUUGUGUGCGGUGCGGACCAGCUCUGUGCCGGGCUCAAGGGGGGCGUGGAGGGUGCCAUUCAUGCGGUAUCCGGCGAGUUCGACUCGGGUGGCGUUGAGUGCGCGAUCCUGGUGGAUGCGACGAACGCCUUCAACGAGAUGAGUCGCUCUGCCGCCCUGUGGAAUGUCCGCAUUUUCUGGCCGCGGUGCUCACGCUUCCUGUUCAACACCUAUCGCGGCCAUGCGGCCCUCUACAUGCGCGACCAAUCCGCGCCGCUGUGGAGCCGAGAAGGGACCGCACAAGGCGACCCCUUGGCCUCCCUCUUCUACUCUGUGGCCACCCUUCCGCUCGUGUGGGAGAUGAAGCGGCCAGCAGAGGAGGGCCCUCAGGCAUGGUUUGCCGACGACUCCGCCAAGCUGGGAGACCUCCAGCCGGUGCGCGAGUGGUGGGAUGAGCUGCAGCGGAGAGGGCCACUGGGGGGCUACCAGCCCAACGGCAAAAAGACCAAGCUGGUGGUGCGGGCGGGUUGCGAGGAGCGGGUGCGGGAGGUGUUUGGCGAUACCGACGUAGAGAUUGUGAGUGGUGCUCGAUAUAUGGGGGGAUUUGUGGUGACCGCGGAGGGCAAGCGGGCCUACGCCGCCGAGAGGGUGCAGGAGUGGCAGCGGUGUGUGAACCGGAUGGCGGACGCAGCGGCCAAGUACCCGCAGGCAGCCCACACGGCACUCACGACGUCUCUGCAGGUCGAGUGGGAUUUCUUCAUGCGGGUGAUGCCUGAGGAGCGGGCGACAUUCGAGCCGCUGCGACAUGCCCUCACCCAUUACCUCACCCAGCUCUCCAGCCAUGCGGUGACCGCCACUGAGGCCCAGCUGAUGAUGCUGCCUGCGCGUUUUGGGGGGAUGGGGGUGAGGGACCCGACACCGCAGCGAGUUGCGGUGGCAUACGAGACGUCCACCAAGGGCACCUCCCUGCUGGUGUCCACCAUCCAGAACGGCGACCCACCCGACGGCCCUCCAUCCAAUCCCUUCCAGCACCGCGCCGAGAUGCAGCAAGCGGUCAAGGAGGGGCGGCGGGCGACCGAUGAGGCAGCCAAGGAGCGCUUCGAGGACGGCCUCCAGCAGCUGCCCCCAGAGAGACGACGGGCGGUCCACCGGGCGAUCGAGGCCAAGACGGCCGGGUGGGUGACUUGCCGCCCUGACGCAGAGGACCACACCGACCUGACGCCUGACGAGUUCCGCGACAACAUGGCCAUCCGAUACGCCUACGAACCUCUCAAGAUGCCCACCCACUGCGACGGCUGCGGGGCUGCAUACUCGCUCGACCACGCUCUCAACUGUGGGGUGGGUGGGUUGGUGAUUCGGCGGCACAACGAGGUGGUGGACGUGCUGUGCGACCUUUCUGCCAAGGCUUGGGGCGAGUCGGCGGUCAGGAAGGAGGUGGUGAUCGUGGAGCCCGAGGAGGAGGGGGAGAAGGGGGUGCAGACGGACAUGGUGGUGAGAGGGGUGUGGGAGAGGCAGAAGGACGUGUCGUUCGACGUAUGUGUGACGAACGCUGACGCACCGUCCUACCGCAAGCAAUCCACCGCCUCCAUCCUCAAGAGCAAGGCCAAGACCAAGAAGGCCCACCAUAGCCGUGUGUGCGAGGACAAGUCCAUCCAUUUCACCCCCUUGUGCGUCACGGUGGAUGCUGUGUGGGGCAGAGAGGCCAACGGUUUUUUCAGCCGCCUGGUUGAGAAGCUGCGCACCAAGGCUGCGUGGGCAGAGAAGUCGUAUGGCCAGGUGAUGGGGUGGGUUCGUGCUCGUCUGUCUGUUGCGUUGGCGCGUAGUGCGAGUAUGUGUGUGCGUGGUGGGCGGCGCCGCUGGAAGAUACGCUAGGCGGGCGCUGAGGAUGGUGCUGGCAUGUUUGUCGCAUGAUUGAGGGUUGGUCGACGUUGACGCAGUUCGUUUCAUGAGAGAACGACAGACUUUGCCUGUUGUUGCGCUAUGAGUUAACGUAUGUCACGCAUAUGUGCUGGUUGUGCGUGUUAAUUGUCUUGACGCACUUAUGCCACUGAGUGCGUUCGUGGAGAUGCGACGAGUGUUUCAUUCUCUGUCUUCGGCGCCGAGGAAAAAAUAGUGGGACAAAGCACUGCAGUUUUUCCCUUCAGUGAUGUUGCUGCUUCUGGUCUUCGCCUUUGCUUCCCUGCCGGCCGCUGUUUUCGGCGCCUCGGAAGCCAACGCCUCGCCCAGUCUCCUCUCACAGCUUGAGAGCGAUAGCAGGCACCAGCAGCUGAGCGCUCUGCGGGCAAUGUCCGCGGUCAUCGCCAAGAAUGCACAGCCAGCUGACGCUGCUGCUGUCAUUGCGGAGCAGUUCGGUGCAGCUGUCUUCGCCCUGCUGAGAGGGUCUGCAGAGCCGGCUGUGGAGCAGGAGGCAUCAAAGCUGCUGGUCGAGAUGGCAAGCACAGGCGCCAAGGCAGUGGAGGCCCUCAUACGGUGAGCAAUAAACGGGCGCGAUUGGAGAUCUCUCUCUCGCUCUCGGUGUGUGUCUAUGUCAGGGUGGGUGCCAUAUCUUCCCUGACAGAGGCCCUUAAGCGUGCUGUGCAGCUUCCAUGGGGCUUCCCUAGCACGGCCAUCAUCAUGCCCUUGCGCCGGGUGGUGCUCGUGGCGGAUGAUGAGGGGUUGCCGUGGGCGGGUGAGCUGUUCGAGGCCGACGGGCUGCCUCCGCUCGUGCAGCUGCUGGACCACCAUCACGACGAGGUCAAGAGAGCCGCAACCAACGUCAUCAGGAAGUUUCCUACGGUGAGCGAGAAGGACGGCUGGUCUACCGAGCUGAGCUUGCUGUCUGUCUCUUUUGUGUAUGUCCAGCUCCGAGCGAGCCCUCUGUUACCUGGCAGUCCGGCUACAUCUUGUUCCAGAGUGGGGUGCUGACCAAGCUCUCACCGCUGCUGCUGUCGGCCGACGACGAAAUGCGCCAGGAUGCCGCCGACAUCAUAGGGAUGACAUUGGUCGCCCUAACUUUUACCGCUCGUAAGCUGAUCGACGCCACACACACACACACACACACACGCACCCAGCCACCACCUUUGUGUGUGAUCAGAGAAAGUGCCCGAGUCGCAGCCAGACAUUCUCGAGAACAUAAUCAACGCCGACGUGCUGCCCAAUGCCCUCACUGCAUCGACGGAGUGGGGGGAUACGGCCGCCCGGACAGCUUUCAUGGCGACGCACUUGAAUGGAUGCACGCUGCUGAUGCGCAAGGGCAACGAAGCAGAGGUAGGCAUCACCACCACCACCAGUAGCAGCACCUGGCACCUCAUCGCGUAUUGGUAUGGUGUGUGCGCCGCGUGCAGCAAAGCUACGCAGUUGACCACGCCUGCAUCGACUCGUUCUGCAACUCGCUCGAGCACCGUGUUGAGCAGCGACCUAAUUGGGGGCGCUUGGAGAAUGAAUUCCUCCACAAGCUGCUGAUGGAUUCUUUCGCCGCUAUCCUCAGAUUCGACGGUGUGAUACACGAUGCGGCACAGCCGUGCCUUAGAUGCUGUCUUGCUGUUUGGCGGUGUUGUGUUGUCAAUCGAUUGUUCAGUGGCAGCUUAAGACAGCGAGCCAAAGCCGCCAUUCUUUCAAAGGUCUCACUGCACCGACCACACACGCGCACGCGGCUGUGGGUACGUCCGUCAAGGUGGGCUGCUGUGGUGGCUGUGUGUCUGCAGACUGGCUGCCAAGAAGGGAUCGAGGCCUUCCUUGAGCACCCCACUGACGUCAUCAGGACGAGCGCCGAGGAGGCCGUGGAGAGCAUCAAAUCAGCAGAUGGUGACGAGCCCGACGAUUCGGACCCGUUGGCUGAAUACUACAGCUCCAUCGAUGAAGCUGAAGAUGACGCAGCGCGCGUCAAGGCGGCGAAUUCCUUCCUGCAGAAGGAACUGGAGGGCGGCGACCCGGACAGGCAGCUGCUCGUUCUGCAGGCCGCGGACAUGAGCGUCAGCGACAGCGCAGACCCAGACCCAGAUUGGACCGCCUCAUCCAUUGCUAAUCGUUUCGGGGCCGCUAUUACUCCCCUGCUGAAAGCGACGGUUGAGCCUAUGGUGCAGGUGGAAACACUACAGCUCUUGAUCAAGUUUACGAAAGCGGGCGUCAAGACAGUCGAGGCGCUCAUAGGGUGAGUGCCGACAUACACAAUCAUUCACGCAGCUGGCUGGGGGCAUUGUCUCUUCCUGUGUGCAUAUGACAGGGUCGGGGCCAUCCCCUCCCUCGUGGCGAUCGUCAAGGAAUCUCUGGAGCUGCCCGACGACAACAACCGGACGGCAGCUCUCCCCAUCCCCCUGUUCCACACCAUGUUUGUGGCGGCAGAGGCCAAACUGCCGUGGGCAGAUGAGCUCAUCGGGGCGGGCGGGGUGCCUCUGCUGGUGCAGCUGCUUGAGCAUGACCACGUCAACAUCACCAGGUUGGCGGUGAAGACGCUCGAAAAUGUCGCAGUGGGUGAGGAGCAGCACAACGGGUCAUAAUGUGUCGCUCAUUGUCUGUCUGUCUGGGGGCUGUUUUGUUGUUGUUGCGUGCAGCCUCACUGCUCGACAAGUCCUGCCGGUCGUGUCAGGCAGAUGCGCCCGCUCUGUUCUCUGAGAGGCAGAUGAUCAUGAAGCUGUCGUCGCUGCUGCUAUCGUCUGAUUCCCACCUGCCCAUUCACGCCGCCAACAUCAUGCUCGUGAUCCUGAAAACAAUGAACUUUAUCCCCAAUGGUAAGCUUACCACAGCAGCACAGCCCAAGGCAAGCCACGCACCCAUGUGGUUGUGGUGCGUGUGUGUGCUCAGGUGAGUGGCCAGAGGCGCAGUCUGCCCUUCUUGGCAGUCUGGUCGAUGCUGACACCUUGGUCAUCGCUGAAGAAGCUUUCCGUUCUAAGACGGGUCUGAGAGCUACGCGACGGUCUUGGCGCUGA